UUUAAAGGUACUAAAGUUUUUUUUUUAUUGUUCCACAUAUGUUACUUUCUCUUAAAAAAAGAAUGUUGCUCAUUCGGAGUAAUUUGGAAACAUUUUGAUUAUCGGAGUAGGAACAAAAAAAUUGUCGAUCGAUUGAAACGCCCGAUAAAAUAGACAGUACUCAAUUUCCCCAUACAAUAGUUAUAUACCUCUGUCGGUAAAUCAUAGAGGUUACAGAAUGCAAAAUGUCCCUAGACACGUAGAAUAUCGGCCAAUACGAUUGCUGCUUGGGAUUUAAAUUUGGAUACAACUGGCAGAGAACCGGUACAAAAUCCAAAUCAAAUUGUUUACCACAUAGUACAACGGUAAAACAUUUAUUAAGAAAAAUGUAUACUCAUUUGUAUACUUUAGAUUCCUGAGGUGUAAGAUACUGGGAAUAUUUGACAGGUGUACGACGAUGCUCUUUGAUCAACAAAGACGUACCAAAACGUAUUAUCUUAUUGCGAAUGAAGUAUACAUGCUGUUGUGAAUAUUUGAAUAGUUGCCAGUGCUUUUAGUUGGAUUAGGAAAUCGGCAUAUGUGUUAUUUAAUAUAUCGGUGAACUUCCAUAACAGGAGAAAACGUCGGAUAUGUAAGUCAGGAGGAGACGCUUUCACUAGUUAUUCAAAAUAAACUUAUAAUGGAGGAGCAACCCGUGAGCGAUAGGAGUAGCCUGAAUAGUAGUGGAGGAUCUUACAAUUUUAUAAAUGCUCGUCCAAAGACACAGCCUGUUCGAGUAAGUGUUUUGGAACAUCUCUGGGAGGGCGAUGACGAGGACAGUGAGCAUAAAUCACUGGGAUCAGACAAUGAGUCGGAUAAUGAUGAUAUCCAGCCAUUACCACGAGAUGAUUCUGUUUGUGACACUGCUGAUGGACCAUCGCAGGGCGAUGAGAUACCGGCAGGAUGUUCUAAAAGUACAUUGACCUGUACUACAUCUAUUAUACCAUCAUCUUCGCAUAUACCUUCUACUGAGACUCAUAUCAAGUUACGUACUUCUUCUUCUAAGAAUGAAUUAGUACCUGCUUCUAGCGCUUUAAAGCAAGAAAGUACAAAUAAAGAAAUGUGUAGCUUUUCACAAGAUUGGAGGCAUAAGGGACGCUUGUCAGAUAAUUUUUUGAAGGAGAAAUCAUUGGAGGACUACAGAAAUUCCUUGCUUCAUAACGAUAGAAUGUCUCAAGUAAAUAUAUCAUAUUCUAGACAUUCUGGUAGCUGGGAGGAUCAUAAUAAAAUAGAUGCACAAAAAGUGACAUCGCUCAAUUUAAUUAAUAAUCCAGUGCCAACAGUGAAACAUGAUAUAUCAAAAAAAGAGAUGAAUUUAAAUGAAUAUCCAAAGUCUACAAGGGAAGAUCAAGCAUCUCUACCCUUAUCAUUAAGGACUUCUAUAAGAGAUCAUGCAUUGCAUGCUGUAUAUCAUUCAGAGGAUCAUCAUGAAUUUCCAAGACCAUUUAGUGCUACUACAGAAACCAUUCCUGUGAGUCAGGGUGGUAGUGCUACUUCUGUAAACAUCUUAUCCAAUAAAAUUGCUGUUCACAAUACUCCAGCCUAUCUCUGCAAUGAAGCACACUUAAAAAAAAGAGACUCUUUUAACAAUAUUCAAUCUGAAGCAAUAGCAUCAUCAUCUAGUACAGCAUUCCCUGAUUUAGUGCAAUCUCACUCAGUCAUAGACACUCCAAUGAAACAUCCUCCUGUAACUGAGUCCAGAUCUGGUUUUUGUCAUCGCAACAUCUUUCAAACUCCACAAACUAAGACACAAAGUGAUUUUCCAAAAAAUACUGUGCAAACACCAGCCACUAUUCUUUCACAUUGGUCGCAAUAUAACAUGCUUCAAACUUCAACUGAAAGUAGAUCUCUGAAAUCAAAGGAAUCUGUUCAGACACUGGGGCAGCACAGUCUCUUACCACAUAAUAAAAGAGUCGAUACAUCAAAAUACUUUAGCAUGGAAGAAAAAUCCGUUAGGAGGCCAUUAGCAGAGACUAUGUACUCCAGUCAGCAUUGUAGCAAUGUAGAAAACUUACCUACGUAUGCUGCAGAUACCAUUCCUCCAAUGCCAUUACAGGAUCCUAAAUUCUCAAAGAUCAAAGAAUCUCCUUACAUGUACCAAGCCAAUUCCAAACUAAAAGAGUCCACAGCUGGGGAUUCUCAACGUGUAUCAAAGAUAGACACUACAGAUACAAACUUUGUGCAAUCUGUCAUCAGCGGAAGUCAGGAUCUUAAGGAAAACUUACAAUCCAAUCUUAUAGAAUCCGUGCGAAAUAAUAAGAAAUCUAUGCCUGUAUCCGUCACAGAAACUAAAUCUGUAGCAGCUGUUACCUCUGCUACCAAUGUAAAUAUCGAGGAAUUGUCUAACAAUCCUGGCACUGUAGUUGCAGCAGUUCCAGAUACUAAGGAAAUUCCUAGGAAGUAUUCAGCACCUGAGAAUAAACAGUCAGAACCAGGAAAAAUAGUAGAAAAAAUGUCAAGUAUACAAUGUUCGAUAAUGUCAAAUCCUCCACAAAGAAUGAAGACUUUUGGUAAAACAAUGAAAGUAAAGGAGAAAGAAUACCUAAUCCUGGGUAAACUGGGCCAGGGUAUGUGUGGGGAGGUCCUACGAGUUCAGGACUUAUCCUCUGGCGAAUUACGAGCUAUAAAAUGUGUUAAUCUAAAUAAAAUCGAUAAGGAGACUGCAGAAGGUUGUUUGGAGGAGAUUUCUAUGUUGCACAAAUUGCAGGCACCUUGUGUUAUCAGAAUGUUCGACUACGAAGUUCAAUAUCAUAUGGUUUACGUGGUGAUGGAAAUGGGCGACACUGAUCUUAGUAGACUGUUGAAGUCAAUGUCUGAGGAAAAAAGGUUGCCGCUUACAAUGAUCCUUUAUUACUGGACCGAAAUGCUAACCGCUGUGAAGCAUAUACACGAUAACAGUGUAAUACACUCGGAUUUAAAGCCAGCUAACUUUCUGUUAGUAAGGGGACGUCUUAAGCUGAUUGAUUUCGGUAUCGCUUCUAGUAUGAAUGCCGAGAUGACUUCUGUGGUGAAGAAUUCUACCAUAGGUACAUUGAACUAUAUAAGUCCUGAAGCUCUUAUGGACAUUGGAGGAAAUGGAGAUUCUCCGAAUAAAAAUGUGAAAUAUAAGAUAAAUUAUAAAUCAGAUGUCUGGUCCUUGGGCUGUAUUCUCUACAGUUUAGUAUACGGACAGACACCGUUCCAACACAUUCGUUCUCAAUGGGCGAAAGUGACUGCAAUUACAAAUCCAAAGUUGAAAAUUGUGUUUCCACCACCAACAGCAUCUAAUAAUUUGGAGGCUACACCACCAGUCUUGAUCGACGUGAUGCGUCGGUGUCUUCAGCAUGAUCCUAAAGCCAGGCCAACUGUUGCUCAACUCCUCCAGAUCUCCUACGUGGUGACAAAGUCGAAUAUCUCGCCAGCAAUAGAAAUCCCUUCGAAUAUCCUUGUAAAAAUUAAACAUGCCUUGUUGGAGGAUGAGUGGCGGCUAUUCACGGAGAUAUUAGAAAAGAGGCGACAACCGUGACGUAUAUCAUGCUACAUGUGCAUAGGAACUUUUUACAUAAGAAACUUAUCUCCACCAAUUAAAAAUGGUAUGAGAGGGUAAUUGUAUGUACAAAAAAUUAUUCUUACGGUUAAGUGUAAAGUGCAAGAGGAGUAAUUGAAGGUAUGGUGAGUGUCCUUCAUCGGAUAAAGAUCGAAACAAAGGAAGAAGGAAAUAAUGCAAAAUAUUCGUGUCUAAUAGAUUACGGUGAUGAACAAAUUAAAUCCAGACUAUGGGGUAGUCUUGACUUGUAACAUUAACAAUACGUAUAUUUAAUGUUUCAGUUGAUUAGUCUCGCGUUAAUUUACUUACCACUUUUGAGAAAGAAAAAAAAACAUUUACGACUGGCAAUAGAAA